AUGGCGACCGGUCACGAGCAGAUGGGUUAUCUUCUCCAAGAAAACCAGCCGGUGCCGCCAUGGGCUGCUCAGACGGAGGAUGAAGACGAAGUGUUGGAGAUAAGCUUCGAGGAGUUCACGGGUUCUUCGGCGCUUGCUGCUACAUUGCCGCUGCCAUGCGCUGCUCAAGCUCAACCGGAAGACGCCGCCAUCUCGUUCGUCCAGAUGUCAGAACAGAAAGUUGUACCGGCAGAUGACGACGGCGAGAUCGAGUUCACCCUUGAAGAGUUGAUGAUGGGCUCUUCAACGCCCGGUGGUUAUAACAGCAUGCCAAGCCCACGGCCACUCACCAACGACGACGACGAUAUCCACGGACUGCCGUGCCCGCCGAUGGACUACGUUAUCUUGGAGGCCCUCGUGGAGCUUGGUCCUGCGGCUAUCAUGGAAGAGGACUUUAUCGGCGAUCUCUAG